UCCACGCCGCGCUACGCAGAGGCAUCUCACAAAACAGCACGAAAGGUAUCACGUAGCGAGUCGGGGCCGAUGCCCGCGUGCUGCGGCAUCUUGUCGUCGUCGAUACACGAUGGGGUGUCCUAAUCACGGUUGUCGGGGUGUCUCUCCGGUCGUCGUGCUUCUGCUCGUGUCUGUCUUUGCGGGUGGCGUGGCGCUGUGUGUCGCGUCUCCUCCGCCGGCGACGACAACGGUCGAGUCGAUCGAUUCCACUUCUGGUGUAGAGGAUCCUUUGACGGCGGACAGUGGUGUGACGGGGGAGGCUGAACCGAGGGCUUCCUACGAUGUCCAGGCCGACUGGGAAGUGCUCGAACGCAAGCUCUCGAACCUCACCAAUGGGGCUCUCGACCAGCUGCUGCCCGAGCUGACGACGCUUGUCGCCGGGCUCGACCUCAACACGGAUUGCUUCCUCUCUCUGUUGCGUGUCAUCGGAGGACUGCGAAAGCUCAACCUAGAAAGUAUAAGGAUGCUGGACUCGUCGAGCAAGCUCCCCGCUGGCAUUUUGGAGGGCACGGUGACAGACCUAGGUGACUACGACACCUGCCUGGGCCUGAGUUUCCCCAAUCGCUUCGAUAAGCAGUUGGAGGACUUCCGAGGACAGUACUGUGGGGUGGCAGUCCGGUUCCCGCUUCCUGAAAAGCCAGAAGUCAUUCGACACGGCGCCGUCAUUGUGAACCCCAUUGGAUUUCCUGAAACCAGCGUUCUCAGGUACCUGGCCCGCAAGUCCUACACCCUCUACCAUACCUUCAUCCGCUUAGGCCUCUGCCUCCCUAGUCACUGCACAGCAGAAGAUGUACAAAAGCUGAUCAAUCCAAUUAAGAAGUAUCUUCACCUAAACGCAACUGUGCUGAACUGCCAAGUUCGGGAGGACCACCGCAAGAUGAACAAAGACCAGGUAGCUGCAAUAGCAAUAAUUGGCUUUUUCCUCGUGAUUAUAUUGUUCGCCACCACGGCCGACAUCGGAUAUCGGCUAUUUGAAAACUGGAGGUGCCACGCCUAUAUGAAAAAGCCCAUGGUCCAAUCGUUGGUGGACAUGUCCAUCCUGAGGGCCACCCAGAAGCUGCUCACAGUGAAGACACCUGAUGACCACCACAACAGAAACCUGCAGGCUGUUCACGGCAUCCGCACGUUCAAUGUCUUCUGGAUCGUCGUCGGACACACCUACGCCUUCGCCGAGCAGACGACAUACCGCUCCGGAAAUAACAUUCUGAGCAUGGCUUCUAAUGUGCUGUUCCAGCCGGUGAUCAAUUCCUUCCUCUGCGUAGACUCGUUCUUCUUUCUCAGUGGAUUCCUCCUCACUUUCAACCAAUGCAAGGUGCCUGUCAAGACGAAGCCCUUGGUCGACUUUUUUGGCAAACUUCUGGCUCGUUACUGGAGGUUGGUUCCAGUGGCUGCGGUGUGCAUGACGGUGCUGUUUCUGCUUCCUGAGCUGGCCUCGGGUCCCAUCUGGAGCGAGAAGGUAGCACGGGCCAUCGGAAACUGCCACCGUUCUUGGUGGUCCGUGCUGCUCAACUCACACAACUUCUACUCCUACGCAGAAUCGUGCCAACCCCACUACUGGUACAUCAGCGCUGACCUCCAGAUAUUUCCCGUUGUGCUUGCCACAUCUAUACUUAUGGGCAGGAACCUCAAGCUUGGUGUCAUCAUCUCCGCCAGUGUCCUAGUUGUAAGCGUUGUGGUGGUCGGUGCUCUCACUUAUGUCAACGGGUACCCUCCGGCCAUUCUCCUUCUCGGCAAGGACGUCCUCUAUUCAAAGGAGCUGCUCUCGGAGAUCUACUUCCGGCCCUACGUACACAUCGGUCCAUAUAUAAUGGGCUCGCUCGUAGCGUGCCUGUACCUCAAUCGCCGGAACGUUCGCAUCACACCCUUCCUGGAGGUUAUCGGCUGGCUAGCGAGCGUGGCGGCUGGCUGCUACGUCAACUUGGUGACGGUGGCCUGGGAGGACGGCCGCUACCCGAGUCCACUUUGGUCGAGCGCUUACGCCGCGCUGCACCGGGUGGUGUGGGCAGCCUGCCUCGGCUGGGUUGUCUACGCGUGUGCCAUCGGCAGGGGAGGGAUCCUCAACACCAUCCUGUCCUGGAAACCUCUCGUUCCCGUUAGCCGCAUCUCAUUCACUAUUUAUGUUGUACACAUAUACGUUAUUUACCUCAAGUUGUGGACCAUCCGGGAACGAUUGAGCCCCGACCAUUUCCACGUGUUCAUGUCGGCCAUCUCGAACUUCGUGGUGGCUGUGAUACUGGGCUUCGUUGCGUCUGUGGUCGUCGAAAAGCCCAUCGUUUGGUUCUGGGACAGCGUCACCGGAUCGCACAGGCCGCCCCGGGUCGCUCAGCAGCACGUCGUCACCAAGCAGCCGCCGCAAGAAACUGCAAGCCAGGCCACAAAAAAGGAGCCUGUAUAGAAACAGUGAACUACGAAAUAGUGCUCGAACAGUGCUCAGCUGUGGUGCUACAGUGGACGUUUUCUUUUGUUGCACUUUUUUCUCUCAAUGGACGUCACGACGCCUCUAUGUGCAAUGACGCUGAGUAAAUGACUGUGCUGCGUUUAGUGUAAACGCAAGCAAAAGCGACAUACGAAGUUGGUGCUCUUAGUUGCAGAAACAAAUGCGCAUUUUUCACGCGCUGUCUUAAUAUGUUACCACCUUUACCAGUAAUGAGGUCGUUGGCAGCAUUAAAGCUCUAAACAAGGUAUAGUACGGGGAAUAUUGGUUGCAGUUUUAAGAGAUACUGACGUGGUAUCAUAAGCUUUUUACAGUGUGUACGAGCUGUAUAUGGUCAGGUCAUUUUUUAUCCUCUGGUAAGAAUUUUUCAGGCAACUCAAGCUGGCAGCCUGACUUCUACGCACGUUCACUCGAUGUCCACAUAGAAAGGGCCGCGCAAAAACUCGGGAAAAAAGAAGGACAGUAGUGACAGAGCACUGACUAACAACUGAAAUUUUUAAUGCCAUCACCUGUGCAUAUAUAUGUGCCUGAAAUGUGAUUGAGAGGAGGUUUAGAAGCAAGAAAAAAAAAGGCUGGUUUUGACCAGCGAUAAAAACUGCAAACGAUAAAAUCUUCAAAGGAACUCGCGCAAGCGUGAUGAGUGAAAUGCAUCAGUUCAUGAUAAAGCAAACGACACGAAAAAGUAAAGAAAGCCUCCAAGAUAACUAAUUUCAGCGUCAGAUAAGGAUAUGGAAGGCCUGCUCACGCACUUGUCACCUGCUUCAUGAAUGAAGAAAGCCUCAACCAUCUCGCGCUCUAUCUUAUCCCUCCCCAUUUUAAAAAAUCCGAGUAGUACGAAAGUCAAGGGAGCAGCCACAACGCCUCCAAUGGUCAGCCAGAAAACCACUGGUCGUAUUGCGUACAUUAUAGUCAUGCUCCUUCACCCUUUUAUUAAAACACCUGCCAGUUUGACUAUUGUACUCAAGUCCACAACUUAAAAGAAACCUAUAAAUUACAUUGGAAAUACAAUCUGUGAACCUG